AGGCACACCACACUGCAGCCAUGAUUAUUCAACCAACAACGCGCGACAGCAAAAUGUUACUGUUCAUUUUGCUAAAGCGUAUGCGUUCUAUUUAUUCGUAUUGUGGACGGCAUUGUACUGCACGGCUCUGUACUUUACCUUGCCCGAGGUCCUUCGGAUUUGUAUUCGGUAUAUAAAGCGUAUAAGCAACAGGUAACACCACAACCCCAGUUUUCGUUUUGCAGCUGGAACCUAAAUUUCCGGACACCGCUGACACCGCCCGCUAAAGACAUGGCCACUUCCGGUCGGAAGCACAUCUUGGUGGUCACCGGCCCCGCCUACGGCCACCUGCUGCCCCUCUUCUUGUUAUCCCGCAAACUUGCCGCCCACCACCACCACUCCAUCACCUUCGCAGUGUCCCGCCACAAAGCCGAACAACUGGCCGAGGCCGAAUUCCGCGCUAUCCCGGCGGACGAGGACCUCCGCCUUCUCCCCAUCGAGGACCGCCUCCUGGAGGACCUCGGCUACCACGACGACCUGGUCGGCGCCUUCCACGCUCUGAUCCACGUGAUCAACCCGGCCGUCGAUGACUUUAUGCGGGAAGUGGCCGCCGACGCUGAAGGCAGCGGUGACGCGCCGAUCCGACUGUCCAACGGGGAGACCCUCCGGCGUCCAGAGGUCAUCCUCUUCGACAUGUUCCUUACCGGGUCGGUGAUGCGGCACCGCCUCCCCGGAGUGCGCUACUACUUCUUCCAAUCGUCGCCCAUCACUCUGGUGCGCUGGUUCCUCCUCCUCACCCCGGACACCCCGGUGGUCAGCCCGGCGGAGCACCCGCAGUUCCACGAGCUUCCGCCGGCCGGUCAGCCGUUGGCCGGGCAGAUGGCCGGCGUCAAGGAGCUAUUCCUGCCGAUUUCCGAGCAUCUCCCGGAAGUCGACGGGAUCAUCUGCAACUCCUUCCGGACGAUGGAACGGGAGGAAAUCGGGAAGAUGAACCGGGAGCGACCGGAUAUGGUCCGAGUGCCGGUGUACUGUCUGGGGCCGUUUAUCCCCGAGGACUUGUCGGAGGCCGAUUCCAAGGCGGAGAAGUGGUUAAAGACCAAGGAGGCGCAGUCGGUGGUGUACGUGUCCUUCGGGUCCAUCGAUUUUUUGGUGCCGGCAGCCGAGCAGUUAGCGGAGAUCGGGAAAGCCCUCGUCUCUCUGAAGAAGCCGGUCUUGUGGUCCCUGCGCGCCGGCCACGAAGCGCAACUCCCACCGGAAGUCGCCAGUCACCCGGACUUCCUCAUCCUUCCCUGGGUGCCGCAGAAACGCGUACUCGCCGCUCCCCAGGUGGCGGUAAUCCUCAGCCACUCCGGCUGGAACGGGACGUUGGAGGCACUCGACAACGGCGUUCCCAUCGUCUCCUUCCCCAUGAUGGCCGACCAGUUAAUGGUCGCCACGGCCAUCGAGAAACAAGGGGUCGGCGUCCGCCUGCGGGGAACGGGCUACAAACCGGAACGCCUACUUCCGGCCGAGGAGAUCGCCCGCGCGCUGCGGGAAGUCGGGGAGUUUGAGGAAAAAGGGCAGGGGAAGUUCCAUCAAAGGGCACGGGAGGUCCAGGAGCAGAUUAGGGAAGCCAUGACGGAGACCGGGACGUCCAGUGUGGAACUGGCCGAGCUUGUCAAAUCUUUCGAUAAAUAACGGUUUCGAUAUGUUAUUCAUUAUUUUUACAUUUCCUUGGCGCUCAUCUCUCAGUUUUCUUUGAAAUAUUUACCAAUCACCACCAGUUGAAAUGUUUUGGAAUUUUUCCUAUGAUACGUUUAUUUUUAUUUCUACUAAAUUAUUUUCAGAAAUUUUAAAAAGUUUUAGAAUAUUUCACAAUUGUCCAGAUUAUUUCUUUAAUGCUCCAAUCUUUUUUGAAUAAGUAUUGCUAGAAUACGAGUAUUUCUUGUUUUUUGCAAGAGUUUCACAAAUGAUCAAGAAUUUCUCAAUUUUUGAGGAGUAUUUUGGAAUCUUCUGGAUUAUUUUUGGAAAAAUUUCGAAUUUUUCGGAAUAUUUCUAUCAUAUAUUUCGAACAUUUCAGAAUUAUACCUUUAUUAACUGCGGGUAUGUAUUUACUCUUAUCUAAAAAUUUAAAAAUGUUAAUCACUCUGAUUGGUAAAAUAUUAAUUUUCAAGAUCCUGAUAAGCAUAUACAGUAUUUUGCUGCAUCAAGGUGCGUGUAUGAAUUCGACAGAUAUUGAUUCGACAGAUAGACAGAGACAGAUACCGUUUCGACAGAUAUUGUUUCUGAAUAUUUUUUUAUUUCGUUCCGGAAAUAAAUUAAUCAAAAUCGUCACUGAUUAUUUUUUCUGAUGUACGGAUAAGUCAUUAUUUUAUUCGUAUCAGUACAUUAUUCUAUUCGUAUCGAGCAUUUAAAAUAUUCGUUAAAAAAUGCUACAUAUAUCACAACACCGGCAGAAGACAACAAAAUUCAAAUCGAAAUCGGUUCCAACAAGAAAAAAAGACGAUUAUUGGAAUGCAU